GUUCGUCCACCCGACGAGUCUAAACCCACUCGAGGCCCCCUGUUUGCCCGUAACUUUCUCGUUGGCGUUCAAUUUAUCGUGUCUCUCUUCCUUCUCUUUCCCUUACUUUGACCUCUGCUUCAUCGCGAAUCGAGACUUGACGCUGUACCUUUCUCCGCUCCUUAAAUCUUUAACUCCCUUUUACCCCCUCCAAUUCACCCUCUCCCCUCUCAUACCCGCCGACUAUCAACUCGUUGUGUAACUGUACCUGCAGUACCGCUGGUUGACAAUAUGUCGGCCACUGGAACGUACAGGGGGACUACUACUGGCCACAAGACUGUUGGUAGAGGUAGGCUGCCCGACUUCGAUAGUCCGGCAUCCCACAUUCCGCGCCCUCGGCCUGAUACCACUUCUUCUUCCUCCACACCCACUCCUCACACUCCUUCCAGCGAUAUUGGAAGUUCAACCAUGAGUGCAGCCAGCAGACAAAGACAGAACCAGUCAAAGCGAGAUGAGGCUAUCCGCCGAAAGAUGGAGGCGGACCUCAACAAGAAGAGCAAAGCCCCAGCAAAGGCGCAUCGCUCUCGGAAAGCUCCUCCAGGAACCGUUCUCGCCCUGAAACCUAGUCAAGCUCUUCAAAUCAAGCCUAACACUACCAUUGCGGAGGCCGCUCAAUUGAUGGCAGCGAAGCGGGAGGACUGUGUCCUAGUUACCGACGAUGAUGAUCGCAUCGCCGGAAUUUUCACUGCGAAGGAUCUCGCGUUUCGUGUAGUGGGCACCGGUCAAAAGGCUCGAGAUAUCACGGUCGCCGAGAUCAUGACCAAGAACCCCCUGUGCGCAAGAACCGAUACUAGUGCAACCGACGCACUUGAUCUGAUGGUCAGGAAAGGUUUCAGACAUUUGCCCGUUAUGGAUGAGAACCAGGAUAUCUCAGGUGUUCUCGAUAUCACCAAGUGCUUCUACGAUGCGAUGGAGAAGUUAGAGCGUGCCUAUAGCUCCUCCCGCAAGCUAUACGAUGCAUUGGAAGGUGUACAGACAGAACUUGGCUCCAGUCAGCCCCAGCAGAUUAUCCAGUAUGUCGAAGCUCUACGUUCGAAGAUGUCCGGACCAACUCUCGAAAGCGUCUUGGAUGGCCUGCCCCCGGUUACAGUCUCUGUUCGUACUUCCGUGAAGGAAGCUGCUUCUCUGAUGAAGGAACACCACACCACAGCCCUUCUAGUCCAAGACCAGGGCUCAAUCACCGGUAUUUUCACCAGCAAAGAUAUUGUGUUGCGUGUAAUUGCUCCUGGUCUCGACCCGUCCACAUGCAGUGUUGUUCGCGUCAUGACUCCUCAUCCUGAUUUUGCUCCCACUGACAUGAGCAUUCAAGCUGCGCUCCGGAAGAUGCACGACGGUCACUACUUGAACUUGCCAGUUAUGAAUGAGGCAGGCGAGAUUGUUGGAAUGGUCGACGUGCUGAAGCUCACAUAUGCCACCUUGGAACAGAUCAACUCGAUGUCCACGCAAGAUGACGAAGGGCCGGCAUGGAAUAAGUUUUGGUUGUCUAUGGAUCACGAGUCCGAUUCAAUGGUCUCCGGUAGCCAACAGCCCAAUCAUCGGUCAGUACUCAGUCCUGAGUCUCCGAAGGCUAGUUAUGACGCCAGAGACAGUGUGCUUCCUAAUGAGUCUGCCUCUCACCACGGCGGUGAUGAGCACUCUGAAUACAUUGACCACCAUCAACAUCACUCUAACGGCGACACUGUUCCGUUCCCCUUCAAAUUCAAGGCCCCAAGUGGCCGCGUUCACCGAGUUAAUGUUCUUCCAUCUGCCGGCGUUGCCGAAUUAGUCGCUCAAGUUACGGCCAAGCUAGGCUCUGAGGUGGAAGCUGUCGGCGGUACGGCAAUCUGUGAAGAGGGCAAACUUAGCAACACGGGAUAUGCCCUGAGUUACCUGGACAACGAGGGAGAUACUGUCUCAAUUACUACUGAUCUGGAUCUGGCUGAUGCGGUGACUUUGGCACGCCAGUCACGUCGGGACAAGGUUGAUCUCUUUGUCCACGACCCUACACAGCCUCCAAUUCCCGUUACUCUCGAACCCCAACCUGCACCUGUCAAGACCGUGGAGGAGAAGAGCUCUCCAGCCCCAGAGGAUGAGUUGUCAGAAGAAUCACCUGUGUCUAAGCCCCGAUCUCAGACAUUCUCAUCACAUCAACCGGAGGAGCAAUUCAUUACUGGAGUGCCUAACGAUCUACUUCUGCCCGGUGCGAUUGUCACAUUGGCAGCCGUGAUUGCGGGUGUUUUCGUUUUGAGCCGAGCCACUGCACGGUGAUGUAUUUCUAGCGAGUAUUGUUUGAUAUGGUUGGAUCUGUGGGACUGCUGUACCUAGUUCCUUUUUUAUCUUUUUGUCAGUGUAACCCAAGAGCGCUAUUUCUCUGCUUCUUUGGCCUGUUUUAAAUCUUCCCCAUCUUUUACCCCUUCGAACUAUUUCUUGCAUUGUUAACUUAAUCUUCUGAUAUGAACUGUUCGGAUACCGUUUCUGUUAUUAGUGAGAGCAUAGUGAUUAGAGGGCAUAGAACUAUUGGUUUGAUCUAGAUCAGUUGUGAGAAUAGUAUAUAGUAGACUAGUAGUAUAGUAUAGUAUAGUGAUCAUUGCAGCUAGUAAUAUUUGCUAUGCAAUGUUGUUAAUAGUCGUCGAUAGUCGAUAGGAUGCUUACUGGCAGUUUGUUGUUGGUUCUGCAGUGAUGCCUGGAUGCCUGGGAGCGGCCACAUCAGGUCUAGCGCGGCGUGGCCUCGAAUCGCUG